AUGCAUGAUAUCAUGAGCGGUACUCUUUCAAGUAGGACUGGGGCCAAUUAUUUGAUUUCUGACGAUUGUAUGGACAAUAGCCGAGGGAUUGGCAGGGGCACUGCGCCACCAGUGUUCCCACCGGGAAUUCGAAAACGUGAUCAGUUCCCAUCGGGAAUUCGAAAACGAGAUCAGUUACAACCAGGAAUUCGAAAACGUGACCAAUUACAACCAGGAAUUCGAAAACGUGAUCAGUUCCCACCGGGAAUUCGAAAACGUGAUCAGUUCCUAUCGGGAAUUCGAAAACGUGAUCAGUUCCCACCGGGAAUUCGAAAACGUAACCAAUUACAACCAGGAAUUAGAAAACGUGAUCAGUUCCCACCGGGAAUUCGAAAACGUGGAAUUAGAAAACGUGAUCAGAUCCUAUCGGGAAUUAGAAAACGUGAUCAGUUCCCAUCGGGAAUUCGAAAACGUGAUCAGUUGCUAUCGGGAAUUCGAAAUUGUGAUCAGUUCCCACCGGGAAUUCGAAAACGUGAUCAGUUCCCAUCGGGAAUUCGAAAACGAGAUCAGUUACAACCAGGAAUUCGAAAACGUGACCAGUUACAACCAGGAAUUCGAAAACGUGAUCAGUUCCCACCAGGAAUUCGAAAACGAAUUCGAAAACGUGAUCAGUUCCCACCGGCAAUUCGAAAACGUGACCAAUUACAACCAGGAAUUCAAAAACGUGAUCAGUUCCCACAGGGAAUUCGAAAACGUGAUCAGUUACAACCAGGAAUUAGAAAACGUGAUCAGUUCCUAUCGGGAAUUCGAAAACGUGAUCAGUUCCCACCGGGAAUUCGAAAACGUAACCAAUUACAACCAGGAAUUAGAAAACGUGAUCAGUUCCCACCGGGAAUUCGAAAACGUGGAAUUCAAAAACGUGAUCAGUUCCCACCGGGAAUUCGAAAACGCGACCAAUUACAACCAGGAAUUAGAAAACGUGAUCAGAUCCUAUCGGGAAUUAGAAAACGUGAUCAGUUCCCAUCGGGAAUUAGAAAACGUGAUCAGUUCCCAUCGGGAAUUCGAAAACGUGACCACUUCCUAUCGGGAAUUCGAAAUCGUGAUCAGUUCCCACCGGGAAUUCGAAAACGUGAUCAGUUCCCAUCGAGAAUUCGAAAACGAGAUCAGUUACAACCAGGAAUUCGAAAACGAAUUCGAAAACAUGACCAGUUACAACCAGGAAUUAGAAAACGUGAUCAGUUCCCACCGAAAAUUCGAAAACGCAACCAAUUACAACCAGGAAUUAGAAAACGUGAUCAGAUCCUAUCGGGAAUUAGAAAACGUGAUCAGUUCCCAUCGGGAAUUAGAAAACGUGAUCAGUUCCCAUCGGGAAUUCGAAAACGUGAUCAGUUCCUAUCGGGAAUUCGAAAUCGUGAUCAGUUCCCACCGGGAAUUCGAAAACGUGAUCAGUUCCCAUCGAGAAUUCGAAAACGAGAUCAGUUACAACCAGGAAUUCGAAAACGUGACCAGUUACAACCAGGAAUUCGAAAACGUGAUCAGUUCCCACCAGGAAUUCGAAAACGUGAUCAGUUCCUAUCGGGAAUUCGAAAACGUGAUCAGUUCCCACCGGGAAUUCGAAAACGUAACCAAUUACAACCAGGAAUUAGAAAACGUGAUCAGUUCCCACCGGGAAUUAGAAAACGUGGUCAGUUGCAACCAGGAAUUCAAAAACGUGACCAGUUCCAACCAGGAAUUCGAAAACGUGAUCAAUUCCCGCCGGGAAUUCGAAAACGUGACCAAUUACAACCAGGAAUUCAAAAACGUGACCAGUUCCCACAGGGAAUUCGAAAACGUAAUCAGUUACAACCAGGAAUUAGAAAACGUGAUCAGUUCCCACCGGAAAUUCAAAAGCGUGAUCAGUUACCACCGGGAAUUCGAAAACGUGACCAGUUCCCACCGGGAAUUCGAAAACGUAACCAAUUACAACCAGAAAUUAGAAAACGUGAUCAGAUCCUAUCGGGAAUUCGAAAACGUGUUCAGUUCCCAUCGGGAAUUCGAAAACGUGAUCAGUUCCUAUCGGGAAUUCGAAAACGUGAUCAGUUCCUAUCGGGAAUUCGAAAACGUGACCAAUUACAACCAGGAAUUAGAAAACACGAUCAGUUCCCAUCGGGAAUUCGAAAACGUGAUCAGUUCCUAUCGGGAAUUCGAAAUCGUGAUCAGUUCCCACCGGGAAUUCAGAAAACGAAUUCAAAACGUGAUCAGUUCCCACAGGGAAUUCGAAAACGUGAUCAGUUACAACCAGGAAUUAGAAAACGUGAUCAAUUCCCACCGGGAAUUCGAAAACGUGAUCAGUUCCCACCGAGAAUUCGAAAACGUGAUCAGUUACAACCAGGAAUUCAAAAACGUGACCAGUUACAACCAGGAAUUCAAAAACGUGAUCAGUUCCCACCGGGAAUUCGAAAACGCGACCAAUUACAACCAGGAAUUCGAAAAC